UGCAUUCAUCCACGAAGAUUUAUAUUUGACAUUUGUUCCGUUUCACUGCAAGAUACAUUCCUGGCUUCAGCAGCAGAUUCGGCUUAUCCUUCAUGAGAGAGCCAUGGAAGCCGAUGCGAAAGAGUGCAAAUUCACGAGGAGCAAAUGAAGCUGAGAGCGCAACGAGACGAGCGAUGAGGACUCAUGCCGAACAAACAGAUCCGAGAAAUCUUCUGUCCAGAGCGAGAGCAGACAAUGUGGAUAUUGAAAUCGAUCACGAUCAUGGCAAAGACAGAAAAACCUACGAAUAUAUCCUAGUUAUAAUAUUGAUUGAAAAGUUGAGGCUCGAAGCAGAGUUAAUCAGGUUACAAAAAUUAUUGUCAUCGUUGCAGAUUAUCAUAUCUCCCCAGAAAGGGGAGACCGCCGAUUAUACAGGCCACAUUCCAGGAGUGAGGGGAGAAGUUGCGCUUUCCAAGAAGUACGCUCAAGCCGCCAGAAAGAGUCGUGGAACGUGUCCAGAGGGAAGACGUGAAGAACAGCUCAGGGUUAAUGACACGAACGCCGUUGAGAGUCUUUGACGAAACGGGGCAAACGCGUGCAUGGGGUGACACAGGAAUAUGUUUUCUAA